GGACAUUUCAGACCACCAACAUAUAUAUAAAUUCCAUAAUAAUCAAGCUUUAUGGUCCAUAAGAAAUGCAAACCCAUCUUUAGAAAUCUUCUGUUUAUCCAUUUCCGAGAAGAAAAACAAACGCUUGAUGUCUCAAUCUAGCCUGGGAAAGAAGCUUCAACCGGCAAAGAAGGCGUGGAAACGCUUCGCCAGAACAGUCGAGUCAAAAUUCCAUAACCUGAACUUAUCUAAAGCCAUCAAGGUCAUCAAGACCAGCUGUAGUCGCCUCCUCUCUUAUUGCUCUAUCCGUUUCUUUCAUCCCUUCAAGAAACAUUCCUUAACAAGACCGCACUAUCGCGGCUACCAUUGCAAUAGAGAUCUUUACGGACAUUAUUAUAGCAAUAAGAACCAUGUUCAUAACAACUUCUCAGCCAUAUACAUAGACCAGCUUUAUUCUGAAGAGGCUGCAGGGUCGUCGACGUCUUCCCUGCAGGCGAAGCACUUCCAUGCAGAAACUAAUAGCAGAGAUAAACAGGCGGUUGAUGAGCAGGUUUUACCAAGAAAAGAAGAAAAAGAAAAGGAGAAGGUGUUGUAUAGCAUUGAAGAUGCCUGGAGAGAAAUUGUUGCUAAAUCACCGCAGCUGCGACCAGUGGAUGAGAGAGCUGAUGAAUUUAUAUCCAAUUUUCGUCAAGAAAUAAAGCUUCAGAAAGAGAAAUCAAUUCUUGAAUUCGAGGAGAUGCUGGCUAGGGGGCUAACGUCCAAAUAAGAAAAAACAAUUACGCGGAUACACAACUCCGCUAAUAUCACGAAGAAGACUGCUCAUAAUGCCUGCCAGUGGGAGGACUAGGGAACCCAUGCAUGCCUAGAGUGGAUUUUUUCAAAGAUGAAUUGAAGGAGGUCAUUAUUGUGAUUAUGUAAUCAAGAGUAAUUGCGUGAGAUCUUUGUUGGGUAUUUUCUUGAAGCAUAUAAUUAUGAUUUUAUUCCCAUUUUUUAUGGUUUAAAGUA